AUGAAGUUUGGCAAAAGCAUCGGCAGCCAGCAGGAGGGCCAUGCGGACCUGCAUUACCUCGACUACAAGCUUCUAAAAAAGAAGAUCAAGGAUGUGGUGGCGAGACUCCAGAGCAGUGAGCUGGCAGAGGCCCUCACAGCGAACUCUGAGUUUGAGGAAGUGCUUGCAGCCGAAAUCGGCCGUGUGAAUCAAUGCUUCUCGGUGAGGCAGCGUGAGCUUUUAGACAGGACAGCAGGAAUGUCCGAGGAGUUGCAGAAGCCGCAACAGGAAAGAGUCAAAGGCGCUGCUGGAGGCAGCGCCGUGGCACCACGGGACGCGCUUAGGCACCUCGUAGACAUCCUGCAAGAGGUGGACCAACUGCGGAAGUACGCGGUUUGGAACGCCGUGGGCCUCGUGAAAAUUCUGAAGAAGCGCCGGAAGCAGACUAGCUUUGGGAUUGAGGACUCCGCUGCCGAGCGUGUUGGCUGGUUGUCCCGGCAGAACUUCUUCAGCGGCUCAGACUUUGCGGAGCUGCACGCGUCCAUCGAGUCCUUAGGGCAGAUGUUGGUGAUCUCCGAAAUUGUUCCAGAGGGCGCGCUGCACUCCUCCAAAGAGGCGCAGGCACAGUGCCCCAUUUGCUUGGAUACCAUCUCUGACAUGGUGGAGCUUUCCUGUCAGCAUAGGUUCUGCUGGAAGUGCUUCGUAUUGGGGCCGAUCGCAUUUCAGCCCGGGGAGUACCGCAUCACUCAGUGCCCUAUUUGUCGCAAGGAGACACGCGAGGCACGGUGCCCUUUCGCCCGCGGCCGCCCAGGGCCCAGCCUGCUCAGACCGAAUGCAGCCGAGUCAGGAGGGCGUUCUGACGCGCUUCUUGCACACCUACUUUGGGGGGAAGGGGGCAGAUGCACAGGGGGGAGAUGUGGACAAGGCUCGGAUCCAGGGAAUGGAGCUGGAGGAAGAGGAUGUUGGCGAGCUCGUGAAGGUGUUGCUGGCGGAUUGCAGUACAUGGCCAAGCAGUGCGCGUCUUACAUUGUGAUGGUAGAAAGGCUUCAAAUCCCCGGCGCAGAUGCCGCGGCCUCCGGGGAUUUCUUUGACACGCUGCCAUCCCAGGCGUUCCAGGACAAGCCGCUGCAGGCGGCGCAAAAGCUGCAAUGGCUUCAGCUCGCCUUUACCGGAGAUCCCUUCGCCUUGGACGACAACAUGUACUGCUCGCUGUGCUCAGAGCCCCUGAUGAUGGAGGCAGUUGUGACAACCCCUUGUAAGCAUCAUUUCCACAGGGUCUGCAUCAACAGAGUCGACACUCCUGAGUGCCCCUUGUGCAGCAAGGCGCUGCCCUUUUCGUGGUUUCUUCCGAAUGAUCAUCCUUGUGCUGAGCAUGGCUUCCGAACAGUGACGCCCCGCAGCUACCAGCCAUACUUUGCUGGCGGGCCCAGCAAGGGCAGCUGCGGCUAUCCUUUGCAGCACCCGCCGCCGGCACAGCUCUACAGCGCCACUGGCACCAUGAGGUCCUUCCUGCACCGCCUGAUCCCUACAGGGAGCGGAGUGGCCGAGGAAGAUGAUGAGGAAGAGCCGGCGUCGCCACAAGCUCCCGUAGAGGAGCUCCGCGAGGAUGAGUCGUCCUCAGAUUCCAAUAGCGAGGAGCGAGGAAGAGGAGGAGCUUUGCGAGGCGCCGCUCCGUUUCCGGCGUGGUACCAGGCCUCCUCCGGUGUAUGCGUGCAGCGCAGUGGGUCGCAUCAAGCUCUUGGACCGCCGUCGAGGUCGGUGGGAUGGCCAGGUGGCCCGGAAUUGGCACGGCAAGAGUGGUCAGCAGCAGGCGUGCGGACGACCGGGGCAAUCCAAAAGUUGAACUCUUCACUGCACUUUUCGGUGAUCAUACGUAGAGUCGUUGCUGGUCGUUCUGAACGACCGUCUCAAGGAGCAGCUGAGGCAGUUUUCCAUUCUUCUAUGUCGGGUAUUUGCUUUUCGUGCACUGGAUUGCUUUCCUGUGGGACUUCAAGCACUGACCUCGUGUACAAACGGAGACGUUUUUACGGCUGUGCUGUGUUGCUUGACGUCCUGGUCUUCGGCUGCUGCAUGCGACAGACCGCUUGCUGCUCGUGUUAG